AUGUUUGCAACAUCUACUCGUAAAGAAAUUGGAACCAAGAAUGUGGAAAUUAUGUGUGAUCUCAGAAAUGUUGAAGAAUGGGGGAAUUUUUUAUGUUGUUCGAAACAACGUGCCUGUUAUUCGUGUCAAUCCCAAUGGCAGGGUUCGUCAGAUUUAAUGGAGAAAGGCAAGACAACUCUUUAUCGCAGAAGAUCGAAAGACUCUUUACAGCAGACCUUGGAAUCUCUAAAAAGGGAGAUCAAUACUAUAAAGCAAAACAACACUUUACAGCAGACCGUGGAAGCUCCUAAAAGGGAGAUCGAUACCUUAAAGCAAAACAACUCUUUACAGCAGACCGUGGAAGCUAUUAAAAGGGAGAUCGAUACCUUAAAGCAGAACAACACUUUACAGCGGACGCAUAUCCAACAGUCUCUUACAAGGUCGGAGGGGAAAACCAUGGAAACAGAUUUAAAACUAACAAGGGAUUGUAGAGUUCACUAUCUACUUGGACACAGACAGUCUGGAGUAUAUAACAUAAACCCUUUUGGUAACGAGACCAGAGCCCGCGUGUACUGUGACAUGGAGACUGAAGGAGGAGGUUGGACAGAAAUGACGUAAUACAUCAACUUACUAAAAGAAGGAACUCCCCCCUCUACGUCUCCAUGACACUGACCAAUGGGACAAAGCUCUAUGAAUUAUACAAUCAGUUCUCUGUUGGUGACGAAAUCAACAAAUACAGACUUUUUCUUGGAGGACCAGCUACCGGGGCACUG